GCCUUUUUCCCCCGUUUAAGCAACGUACAUUCCGAUCGUUUGGGUGAAAUGUUAGACGCGUAUUUUCUUGUAGGAUAAAAAAAAGGAAACUGUUCCAAUGCUAUUGAAUACUUGGGUCCGAUUAAGCGAAGCUAAUAGUUGGCUCGAAACUCAUGAUCCCAUGAUGCUUUGCAUUUGGUGCGCAGUCUCAGUGAGAGCGGGCUACCGAGCGAGCAAUAGCACUUUGGAAAAUGACCCAAGGAAGGAUAUUAGUUGGCGAUGAAAUUGGGCAUUACCACCACAAAAGCCACAUUUUUCACCCAGGCUCUGAUAUUUUAUAUUUCGAUAACGUGGACCAACAUACUCUGGAUAACAUUUCUUGACAUUCGGUAGUUUGUGAGCCAUUUCGACGGUUUCAUUUGCGACGGAAAAAGGUGCACACGUUCCCGUUAGUUUUUUGGGUCUUUCUCCCUCGACGAGAAUGUCGCGAAACAACAAAAAUCCUCUUAUCCGGAAAAUAGCCAAGCAAGCUUUUAUGACCUAUAAAGGUUUAAAAUGUUCGUCCAACGGAGAUAAUAAAGUCUUUGCCGAAAAACAGGCCAAACUCAUCUCCUUAGUGACCGCGCUUCGGGCUCCGGAUCUCAAGAUGGCUCCCCGGAAAAACAAAGCGACCUCCGGUCCGUCGGAGCCUGAUCCCCCCCCGGUCACUUACAUGCACAUAUGUGAGACAGAGGUGUACAGCAUGGGGAUAUUCCUGCUCACAAGCGGAGCCUCCAUACCUCUCCACGACCAUCCGGGCAUGAACGGGAUGCUGAAGGUCCUCUAUGGCAAGGUGAGCGUCAGUUGCUUCGACAAGAUCGAAAGCGGCCAGACAGUCAGUGCUGCCCCUCCUCGGUUUGAAACUCCUGUGGCGCCGUUCCAAAACGCUUCUGUGCGACGUUCCUUGCUCCGCUCGGUAGCGGAGUACUCGGAGAACAGUGGACCGUGCCUCCUUACGCCUCUACGGGAUAAUCUCCACCAGAUCGACGCCGUCGACGGACCUGCUGCUUUCCUGGAUAUCCUGGCGCCACCGUACGAUCCAGACGAUGGGCGGGACUGUCACUAUUACAAAGUUCUGAAAACUGUGGAAGACCCGGGUUUAGCUGUGAUGGAUAACCAGGAGCUGCAGGGAGAAGAGAAGGGGAAAGAGAAGGAAAUGUGGCUUUUAGAAAUCCCUCAGCCAGAGGACUUCUGGUGUGGAGGAGAGCCUUACCCAGGUCCCGUAGUUUCUGUGUGAAGUGGAAGUAUAGCAGUACUAGAACAUGUCCUGUGAUAUCAACACAUCCACAUUUCAAAAUCCUGUUUCUGCUUCUAUCAGCAUGGAGGACAAACAUUAGGGUCGUUAUUACCUGGAGUGCUUUGCUCAAAGCUAUAAACCCCCCCCCCCCAAAUAAUUGAACUGUGGUGAGGAACCACCUCCUCACAGCCAAAAUUCGACAGGACUUCCUGAAGCACAGCAACUGAUUGUAAAAGUGCUUUUGAUUGUAAAUACGGGGUUUCCACUUUGGACAAUGUUGCCUCGUUCGCGUAUGAAUGUAAUCUAGAUCUCGAAAUUUCUCUGAAACAUCUUGUGAACGAACGGUUGUUUGUUGUCUAUGCGAUCGGCCGGCGACCCGCCUCUCGCCCGACGGUAGCUGGGACGGGCUGCAGCGCGCCCCCGCGACCCUCGUGAGGGGGGGAGAAGCGCAACGGAAGAUGAGUGAAUGAAUGACUAUCUCGUGAAUGCUGAGGGGAUUGCACCUCCCAAGUUUAAAUGAAUGCCUUGGACCAACUGACGAGUAAAUUACCACAUUAGAACAUCCGAGCACAUCGAGUUCCCAUCGCAGAAGAAUAAGCUACCAAAGAAUUUUCCUAGAGCCCAAACACUUUGUUCUCAAAGUUCGAACAAUAUAACUGAAAAAGGUCAUCGAGGAAAUAAUGUUUAAAAAAAAAAAAAAGUUGCACGCUUACAAUGCAUAAUCGCUACCAUUGUUUCACACGAAAGGUUUUUGUUCAGCUCGCUCUAGAUAUUGUAAGGAUGUCAACACUUAAGAGCAGAAAGACAGUUCUUAGCCAAUGCUGUACACAUUUCCCAAUUUUACAAUUUUUUUUUUUGGGGGGGAGGGGGGGUGUGUGUGUAUGUAACUAAUAGAGCUUUAGAGAAUGAAUGUAACGCAGAGUGUUAACGGCUCGGGUGAGCGGUGGCGCAAUCACAUCAGACCGUCACGUCCUUGUUCGUCCGCUGCCCUUGGGAUUCGGUUUUGUAAUCAACCAUUUGAACAGGAACUGCCAUUUAAGGUCAUACCACAGCACCCGAAUCGGCUUUAAGCGCAGACAUUAUUGGUGAAAAUAAUAGCUUCUCACUUCCAAAUGUUUCACAAUUACGAAUGUUGCACCUUUGCUUAUGCCUACAUUAUACUCCACUGUGCCAGUUGGUCAAUGACUCCGUUUACUGUUGUUGGAAUGUAUGUGGAAAAAGAAUAAAAUUCAGAGACUAUAUUCAAACAAUUGUCAUUUCCAAUGACUAUCGAUGCAUACGAAAGCCAGCAGGUAUUCUGUCGGCUAGCGCAGGGAGAACAUGCAAAGGAAAAUGACUGCUAACUGCUUGUGCUUAUCCCAAGUGUCUUUUUUUCGACUGAAUGUACAUUUGAGACAGUAGUAUAGUUGGGAAUUGGAGUUAUGGGACUAACGUGUUACUGUUAAGUACAGUCAAAAUGCACUUUGCCAGAGAAUUGUCAUCAAACUUAUUUAUCUUGAGUGGCACGGAACCAAUAACAGUGUUGUAUCAUUGA